UGACCACACAGCCCGGCCUGCCUGGCCCCUCACUCUGCACCUCCCUCCCGGAUGGUCCCAGAGAAGACCGGCCCCACGGGGGAUGCCCUGGAUCUGUUCUGACACCCCCAGCUCCCCAGGCACUGUGAUGGCUCUGGUGGGGAAGUUUGCCACGGCGGCCGGAUUUACCAUCUCCUACGUGUAGUCUGCUGAGCUCUUCCCCACUGUCAUCAGGAAACAAGUCGUCUCCCCCAGCAAGGUGGCCCAGCUUGCAGAGGAGGGCGGCAUACCGCUCCAAUUUGCCCAGCUCUCGGAGCACACCACCGCCCAGACCAAGGGGACUACAUGCACCGCAGGCUCUGACCUGUACACUGCCUGUGAUUGCACAGUACCACCUAUGGAGAAAGCCCUUGUGAAAACCAACAUUCAGAUGGCAAAGGAAAACAACUUCAAGGUAGAGUUCAAAUCCCAGCAUCAUCUCAGGAGCUUCCACCAACAUGAGGCAGCAGAAAGCCCCCGUUCCUGUUCUCUGGACAUGCUGUUACGCAGAUUGAGGGCCAUAGAAGCCAAGCAAGAUGAUAAGUUUGCCACCAUCAUGGAUGCAGUAGGGGAGUUUGGCACAUUCCAGCGGAGGCUGGUGGCCCUCACCUUCAUUCCCAACAUCCUGUCUACCUUCUUGUUUGCUGACAUCUUCGUUUUCACACCACAGAAGCCCUAUUGCAACACCAGCUGGAUACUGGCAGUGGGCCCCAACCUGACGGAGUCUGAGCAGCUGAAUCUGACCCUGCCCCAAGCACCCAAUGGCAGUUUCCUGACUUGCCUCACGUACUUGCCUGUGGACUGGGAUCUGGAUUCUAUCAUCCAUUUUGGGCUCAACCGCAGAGACUCAUGUCAAGAUGGGUGGAUCUAUCCUGAGGUCAAGAAGCGAUCACUGAUCAAUGAGUUUGACUUGGUGUGUGGCAAGGAACCGAACCCGGAAAUCAGGCAGAACAUGUACUUGGUGGGACUCUUGACAGGGUCUUUCCUCCUCGGGUUCAUAACUGACAAGCUGGGCCGCCACCCAGUCAUCCUGCUGUCGCUGCUGGGACUGAUCAUCUUCGGCUUCGGGACAGCCUUUGUCAACAGCUUUCACCAAUAUCUGUUCUUCCGCUUUGGCGUGUCCCAAGCUGCGGUGGGCUACGCCAUCAGCAGCGCGUCUUUAAUCACUGAGUGGCUAGUGGGCAUGCGCUGGGCCCACGCCAUCGUCCUGGGACACUGCUUUUUCGCUAUGGGGGUCAUAUUCCUGACGGGACUUGCCUACAGCCUUCCCCACUGGCGGCUGCUGUUUCUGGUGAGUGGGGCACCUGUGUUCCCCCUCAUCUCUUAUAUCUGGAUUCUCCCAGAGUCCCCACGGUGGCUGAUGCUGAAAGGGAAGCUGAAAGAGGCCAAGCAGGUGCUGUGCUAUGCAGCUGGUGUGAACAAGAAGACCAUUCCUGUAAGUCUGCUGGAUAAGCUGCAGCUGCCUGGAAAGAAGGUGACUACGGCCUCUAUCCUGGACUUCUAUAGCAACAGGCACCUCCGCAAGGUGACCUUGGUGAUGUGCAGCAUGUGGCUUGCUAUCGGUUGCAACUAUUAUAUGCUGAGUCUCAGGAUGAGGGAAUUGGGAGUGAACAUCCACUUCACACAAGUGAUUCCUGGCAUGAUGGAGGUGCCCGCCCGGCUGUGCUGCAUCUUUCUCCUUGAGCAGUUGAAGAGGAAGCGAAGCCUGAUUUUGACUUUCUUCCAAGGUGCCCUCAUGUGCUUCCUUAGCCUUCUGCUCCCCUCAGGGGAAGUGGGGAGAGCCCUGAGAUGGCCACAUUGUCUGGCCACAGAGUUGAAAUCCCUCUUGGUCUUGAUAAUCGUGCUCGGAGAGCUCAGCCUGGCCGCCACGGUCACCGUGUUCUACAUCUACACUUCUGAGCUCCUCCCCACUGUCCUCAGGGCGACAGGUCUGGGGCUACUGUCUCUGGUCUGGGCGGCUGGAGGUAUCUCAUCCUUGAUAGUCGUCAACCAGAACAUUGCCAUCCUACCCGUCUUUCUCUGCUGCAUCUCAGCCUUCGUGGCUUUGUUCUUUUGUGUCAAGCUGCCAGAAACGCAAGAUCAGCCCAUCCCUGACAGCCUGGAGCACCUUCCGCCAGAGAGAAGGACCUUGAGCGAGGACAUGUCGAGCGAGGACAUGUUAUGUGACGAUGUGACAGAGGAAGUGGCCAAGAACACCAUUUUCAAUGCCACGAUGACAAAUGUGGACCAAGACAGUCUCUCCAACCUGUCUUUGCAAUCUGGAGAAGGGGAAAUAGACAAACAGGAGGACUGAGGGCCAGGCCCCCAGAUGAUCUCGGGCUGGAGUUGAGUGGCCAGAUCUGGGGCUGUGGAUCUCAGACCAUGAUUUCCGGUCCCAGUCCAGCUUGGUGGGGGCAGGGUCAGUCCUGCCCCAAGGCCAGCCCUGGAGAUCCAAAAAUGGCCCCUUCUCGGGGAGCUAGGGUGAGAUUCAUUCCAACAAAGGUACCAUGUUGGACUUGAGACGACUAGGUCAAAAUUGGCUGUGUCUGGAGGAACCAGAGGCCCAAGCCAGGAGGAGAGUAGUUCAGACAGGCUUUUCAGAGUCCUUAAUGUCUUAGCUGACCUCUGAGGACGAGGAGUUGUCUGAUUGGGGAGUGUGGGUGGGCCGUGUCUGUGAGGGCCGGGAGUGGGCAAAGGCGCCACUCGCCUCCACGCUGCCCACAUCUUUUUAGCCCAGGCGUCCGCUAGUGUGGGUGGUCUUCCCACUCAGGUGCAGGCUGAGGACAGGUUCCACAGCCCCACUGUGUGUGUGUUCACCUGCCAAGGCAGGGGUGGAAUGUAAAGGAAUAAUGAGAAAUUCUCCCUUUUGUGCCAUGGCACAAGGGCUUUCUCACUCCUCCUGCUGCUCCCAGAUAAGCACGGCCUUGGGAAUUACCUAUCUCAGUCUCAUCCUCAGGGAGUGGGGAGCAGGGUGUCUCCCCUGAUGAUUCCAUCCUGGCUGACCUCUGACCUCCACCACCCUGAGGAUAAGCCCUCAAGCCCCAGCUCACGGUCCUGACUGCCCUGAGGGUGAGUCUGCAUUCCCAGCCAGCAUGGGGGCCCCCCCGAGGCAGGAUCCAGGACUCCUCAUCCACUGGUCAGACCUGGAAAUCUUUGGGUCAGGCCCUGGGCUCCACCUCCUAUCUCCCUGAGAGGAGAGUCCCUGAGGGUAGGGGCGGGCUCUUCUCUCCCUGCUCAGUUUAUUUGGAAGAUCAUUAUUAGCUUGCAGGGAGGUGCUAACCGCUGGAGCUGCUGCGGGGAGGAGAGAAAAGAAUGUCCGCCUUCAUGGAGCCCGGGGUCUCCCGGGCAGAAUUGGAGAGCAGCACAGCAGGGCACAGCUUCUGGUACCCUGGCCCAAGCACACUGCUUUGGGUGUGUGCUCCCAAGCUUCAGGACAGCAACAAGCUGGUGCCAGGCCUUCCUCUUAAAAUAUCAUUUUCUUUUUUUUUAAAUUGAAGUACAGUUGAUGAAUAUGUUAUGCUAAUUUCUGCUGUACAGCAAAGUGACUCAGUUAUACACAUAUACACAUUCUUUUUUUUUUUUUUUCUGUUUUUUUUGGGCACGCUGCCUGGCAUGUGGGAUCUUAGUUCCCCCAGUCAGGGAUCAAACCUGGCCCCCCUUCAGGGAAGCAUUGCGUCUUAACCACUGGACUGCCAGGGAAGUCCUUACACUCUUUUUUAUAUUCUUUUCCAUUAUGGUUUGUCCCAGGAGAUUGGAUAUAGUU